AUGGACUGCGGCGUGAUCACCUCUAAGACUGUCCUGCUGCUGCUCAGCCUCGCCUUCUGGGCAGCAGCAGCAGGUCUCACCUAUGUUGGGGCCUAUGUCAUCAACACCUACAGGAGCUAUGACAGCUUUCUGCAGGACAAAUAUGCUCUCUUGCCAGCUGUGAUCAUCCUUGCCAUCGCUGUGGUCAUGUUCAUCAUCGGGUUGAUUGGCUGGUGUUCCACCUUCCGGGAGUCUCGCCUGGGUCUGGGGCUGUUCUUGGCCAUUAUCCUGAUUAUCUUUAUUGCAGAAGUAUCUGCUUUUGUCCUGGGAUUUGUGUACAGGGAAAAGGUGAAAGCUGACGUGCAAGUCACAAUGCGCUCGGUCUUUGAGAAGUAUGAUGGGAAGAGUGAAGAGUCUACUAUUAUGGAUUACUUGCAAGAGCAGCUUCAUUGUUGUGGGGUGAAGAACUACAGUGACUGGACCACCACACAGUGGUUUAAUGCCACUGGUAACAACAGUGUCCCCCUGAGCUGCUGCAUGCAGGAGAUGAACUGCACAGGGCGUCUGGAUCAGCCCCAGGAGCUCUACACACGGGGCUGUGCUGAUGAGCUGGAGUCUGGGCUGCAGAGUGUUAUCAGCUAUGCUAUGCUUGUCAUCCUGGGCUUUGCCAUUGUAAAGUUCUUUGGCAUGCUGAGUGUGUGUGUGCUGACCUGCAGGAGAGAAGACAGUGGGUAUCAGCCUCUUUACUCAGGGGUGUUCGCUUAA